CUUAUACCGUCGCCUGUGGGAUGGGCGUCGCACUCACCUAGCAACACCGCGAUGUCUCAGCACACUCUAUCGGACAGAGACAGGCGAUACAGAAACAGUGCACAGCCAUCGAAAGGUAGUAGUACCAGUAGUAAUAAUAUAGCACCGGCGCACCGCGGAGGGGGCAGUUCUAUUAAUAGCAGCCAAUGCAAUGCCAGGGCUGGUGGCCAUGGCAACCACAGAGAGGCUGGGGGUGAGUGUUCUGACGGGCGUAUGAUCAGCAAUUUCCGCAUCCACACGGGAUUGUUAUUGCGGUUGCAGAUACUAUCGAUACUGAUGAAACACGCCGUGAAAAAG